AUGUAUCCGGCAUGUGUUUCGCCGUGCAUUUAUGAUCCAGAAGCAGUCCGUUCAUUAACAAAGACGGAUUUCAUUCCAAAUAUUACUUCUUAUGAGAAUAUCUACAAUUUUGGAAUCAUGAAACAAAUGAUUUUCCUUCAGAAAGCAGCUAUUGAGAUUUUCAAAGAUCUUGAUAUAGCAUUUAAUGAAACAGAAUUAAGAUUAUAUAAUCUUCAAACGAAAGUAACUUCUUUCAAUGAAUUCAGCGCAAAAAUAAUUCAUCAAAACUCUAAGAAGAGUAUUAAAGAUUAUAAGCAUCCUUCAAAAGUUUUCGUCCCUAUUCCAAAACUAAAUACGUACGAACUUCCAAUCAAUUCGUUCUUCCAAUUCGGUGAAACAUUUCCUGAACAGCUUAACCUCAACAAUUUCGAGAACCUCAUCGAUAACGUUAACGAAGCUAACCUCGAACUUUCAGAUCCUAAAUACUACGAGAAGCAACUUCAAAAGGAACUUUUAGAAAAAUACCGUGCAGAUCAAAAUGCUCCAAAGAGGAAGGUACAAGAGAAAGUAUCCCAAGCUGAAUAUGAAAUUGAGCCUGAUACAGCUCAGCCUCUUCCAUUUGACUCUGUUUUACCACCAAAUACAAGAUUAAACGCUCCACCGCCUAAAGGAGAGACACAGAACUGGCGCCAUAAAGGCCAUUACGUUCCCCGCAGCAAUAACCUUACCAAUUACGGCGUUGGCGGCGGAAAAAGAGUUCCACAAGCUGCUCGUGGAAUUCAAGUGGGAAAUUCAAAGAAAUCCAACAUGGGGCAUAUUACUGUCGACAUUUUCGAGAAGCAGCCACGUCAAGCACCCAUCCUGAAGCUCGUACAACCACCAAGACUUCAAAAUUAUCCGAAUGCGAUUUCUGUUCCAACGAUACCAACCAGACAACCUCCGAAACUCAUCGACUGCGAACUUACUACACGUGCAACAUCAGCGUUCUCUCAAAUGGAGAUGAGACAGCGCGUGGAACUCGAUUUAUCUUUCGUUGUCAGAAACGAUGUUUAUUUGAAAGAAACCGUCGAAGAAAAUUCCUUUGUUUCACAGCGUGGAGCACCAGCCGCACCCGCCAUGGCUCCUCCACCAACUCCGCCCCCUCCUCCACCUCCUUCUGGACUUCCUCCGCCUCCAAGUCCUUCUUUCGAUUUGUCUUCGGCUCCAAAACUCAAAAGUGUCCAAACGAACGCGAACAAGCCUCCUACUACAGCUCCUGCAGGUGGUGGCAUCGACAUGGGCCAGCUGAAGAACGAAAUCCAGAACAAGUUAAAGGCAGGACUGACGAAGGUCACUCCGGACAUGGUAAACAAGCCAAAGCAGCCAACAGGACCUUUAACUCACCUGGAUCUCAUCAAAGCAGGUAACUUCAAGCUCAGAAAGAUCUCAGAAGACAACAGACCACCUCCAAAGCCAAUUCCAAAGGAGAAGGAAAUCAACCAGAACGAACUUUCAUUGGAAGAACUUCUCGUUCACGAACAACGUCGUAGAGAAGCAUUCCAGGACUCUGAGGAUGAUGAAAGAACUGAAGAAUCUACUGAAGACUGGUAA